AUUAUAAUUUGUUCGGGAAAAUGUUGUUUUUGUAUUGCUGUUUAUGUUGACCCGGAUCAUAAUGUGUUUACAUAGGAGACAUUUGGAAAAAGAGGAUCGCCAUUGGACAUGUCUUUUUCAAAUAAGAUACCUUUUUGUUAUCUUUGCAACAUUUUGGAUUUUAUGUACCGUAGUAGAUGUCAUUCUACUUAGGAAACCGAUAUUUCAACAAAUUAUACCUAGGAAAGAAAUUAAUUUAAGCAAUUAUUUAUUACUUUGGUAUGCCCCACCAUUUUGGGCUCGAAAUAUGAAACCUCAGAAUGGAUUGAAAAAUUGCGUAUUCAAAAACUGUGAUAUAUCACUUGACAAGAGUUUGUUAAAUAAAAGCCACGUGUUGGUAUUUCAUCACGCUGAUCUCAAUAUAAACCCACCUAUAAGAACAGAAAAUCAAAUUUGGAUAUUCAUGACAUUAGAGUCUACAUUACAUACGCGUGGGAUCAACAGAAAACACCAUUGGAAUAAUGCAUUUAACUGGACAUGGAGCUAUCGACAAGAUUCGGAAAUAUUUACACCAUAUGCAAAAUUGUCUAAAAGAUUAACGCUUAAAGACAAGAAUUACACUGUGAUAUUUGAACAGAAAUCAAAAGAUGUUGCUUGGGUGGUUAGUAAUUGUAAUACACAUUCACAAAGGAUGAAAUAUGUGCAAAUGAUGAAGAAGUAUAUCAAUGUAGACAUAUACGGAAGGUGUGGAAAACCGUGCAGUUCUUCGGGUGACAACUGCAUUAAAAAAUUAAGUAGUGACUAUAAAUUCUAUCUAUCAUUCGAAAACUCAUUAUGUGAUGAUUAUGUAACAGAAAAGGCAUUCCGGUUGUACAAAGACGAUUUCAAUAUAGUUCCUGUAAUAAGGGGAGCUCCUAAUAUCAAGGAUAUUUUACCAAAUGGUACAUUCAUAUCUACCGGGGAUUUUAAUUCUCCAAAACAAUUGGCCCUUUAUCUCAGGGAUGUGGCAUCCAAUAAAACAAAGUAUUUAACGUAUAUACAAGCAAAAAACAGGUAUGCGGCGCAUUCGAACAUCGACUUAAUAAGAGAUGGGGCAUGCACGUUGUGUAAAAUAUUAAAUAGUGAUAACAAAAGAAAAGGUACUGUUAAUUUAUCUCAAUGGGCAUGGAAGAACAAAUGCGUCAGUCCUAGUGAUUUUACAAAAUGAAAGUAUAGGCCUUUUGUAGAUGAUCCAGUGUCCUUAAGAUUGCCGUCUUACAAUUGACUUCUCCAUAGGCUAACAUGCAAAAUAGCUGAUCUAUGAAAAUAAAAAAAA